CUCGGAGAUUUUAGCAGCAGCAGUAGCAGCGGUUUAAAAAUAGUUUAGGGUAGUAACAUUACAAGCGUAGGCUAGAAGAAACGAGAGAGUAAUAGGAAGUCGAGUCGAAUACAUAUUUAUACGUAGUCACGCGUGUGUCGAUAUAUUUCUCGUCAGUUGCGCCCAUUGCGAGCGAUCGAGCUUUUCUUAAUCCUAAGAGAUGCUGUGCGGCCGAUCUCGCGUGUGAUGAUUUGCAGAUUUUUUUUCUUCGAACGACAACACAUGUGUGCGCGUGUGUAGAAUUUUCCCCGGAGCCGAGGAUUCAUUCAUAGUACUACUACCCGCUGCUGCUGCCUACGCUGCCUCUUCUUCCGCUGAUAUCGCUGCAUCGAUGCCAAUAAAAAUAUCGAGCAUCAGGCAGUGCAGCAAAGACGAAUCGUGCCGUUGCUCGUUUCGCACGUAUAAAAGCAUAUAGGAGCACAUUUCAUACCAAAUAGACGCGCGCGCGGGGCCAUUGGCGCGUGCGGUGGGAUAUGCUUUGCCUUGGAUUUUCGAAUACUUUUGCUUUCGAAAGCCCAUCAACGUCCGCGCCGCCGCCACCGCCGCUGCCGCUGCUGUCGCCGUCGUCGUCGUCGUCGUCAUCGACAACAAUACCCUUUUAUACUGCUACUAGACGACUCGAACCAUAAUAUAAGUUUAUAUUCGACACAUUGUAAUUAAUAAGGCAGAGAUAUAACCUGUCGCUUGGACACAGUGCGCGAGUGUGCGCGCGCGUAUACAUAAUAACGGGCAUACUGUGAAAAAUUUUCGGCACGUCGUGCGCGAACGGUUUGCAGUUUUCGUCAGUGAAAUCGAGUCGAGGAGAAAACGGAAUAAACAUGGCUUCGAGAAUGGGAUUUUAUGCACCGAAUUUGUACAACAAUGACGGCAACGACUUUCAGCACAGGGAGCGCGUCGCCAAUCAUUAUCAGACCAGUGCCGUGAACAAGUCAAGACUGAGAUACUGUAUAUUUUUCCACUAUAUACUGUUCUUCGUUAUGCUAGCCAAAUUGUCAGCUGAUAUUUUAGACCGUUUUAAUAUAUUUAUCUUAGAAAUAGAAGAGCUCGCAGUGCCACAGCCGUUACUGUGGGAAUACAUAUGGUUAACGAGCCUGUUGACGUCAUUCCUGGGAUUUAGCGCCAUGAGAAAGAACAAAAUCAAGACCCUGAAGCAAUACAUGAUCGGCAUCACCGUGCUGGGUCUCGGAUCGAUACUUUAUGGUUUUAUAUACUACUUCCACGACGUUUACGAGUACUUGAGCACAGGUCAAAAGGAAAACAUCCACGUGUGGCAGGAUCUACCCUACGGUAUGCUGUGGUACGGUUUCAUUUUGGCAGCGUCUCAAGUUCAUGGUUUCACGCUGUACUUCUCGUACAAUCUGUUAUUGGCAUGGCAGAGCAGACGAGCGAAUUAGCAUCGCUCCUUGAUCGAUUGGAUUUUUGAAGAUUUGAAAAAAGUUUUUUUUAUAACGAAAAUGUACAUAGAAAA